UGUCAGUUAAUGACUCAGUCUUCAGGCAGAAGGUCCGUGUAAAAGGUGUAAAAGGACUUCUCUCUACCACACAAGACAUGAAGCUUCAACAUGCAGUUCUGGCCGUUGUCUUCCUGCUCUCUGUGCUCUCAUCUGGGUGCCAGGGCAGGAACGAGGAAGAGCGUCUGAUCAACUACCUGUUCAAAGAGAAAGGCUACAACAAAGAGUUGCGUCCUGUCGAGAGGCAACAGGACGCCGUUGAUGUUUACCUCGCCCUCACGCUCUCCAACCUCAUCUCUCUGAAAGAAGUCGAUGAGACGCUGCUGACCAAUGUGUGGAUAGAUCAUACAUGGACAGACUACAGACUGACGUGGAACAUGACAGAGUUUGAUGGCAUUGACAUGCUGCGUCUGCCAUCCAGCAUGGUGUGGCUGCCAGAGAUCGUCCUGGAAAACAAUAAUGACGCCCAGUUCCAAGUGGCCUACUACAGUAACGUGUUGGUGGACCCUAAUGGUCUUUGCUACUGGUUGCCUCCCGCCAUCUUCCGCUCUUCCUGCUCCAUCAACGUGAACUACUUUCCCUUCGACUGGCAGAACUGCACGCUCAAGUUUACCUCUCUGACAUACAAUGCCAAAGAGAUCAGGAUGCUGCUGAAGGAAGAAGAAGAUGAAGAAAACAAAUGGACUGUGGAGUGGAUCAUUAUCGACCCGGCUAGCUUCACAGAGAACGGUGAGUGGGAGAUCAUUCACCGGCCGGCCAAGCGAAACACCUACAAGCACAUUCCCAUGGAAAGCAACAAGCACCAGGACAUCACAUUCUACUUGGUCAUCAAACGCAAGCCUCUUUUCUACAUCGUCAACAUCAUCAUCCCCUGUGUGCUCAUCUCAUUCCUGGCCUCGCUCGUCUAUUACCUGCCCGCUGACAGUGGUGAGAAGAUGACCUUGUCCAUCUCCGUGCUGCUGGCUCAGUCUGUCUUCUUGCUGCUGAUCUCUCAGAGGCUGCCGGAGACUUCUAUGUCUGUUCCUCUUAUUGUUAAGUAUUUGAUGUUCAUCAUGGUGCUGGUUACCGUGGUGGUGUUGAACUGUGUGGUUGUCCUCAACCUGCACUUCAGGACACCAAGCACACACGUCAUGUCUGAGUGGACUAAGAAGUUUUUCCUUGAGCGAUUGCCCCGGAUCCUACGUAUGUCCCGCCCUUCAGAGGCCGAGUCAUACUGGGAUGGAGCGCUGCCACGGCGAUCCAGCUCAGCAGGCUACAUUGCCACGGCCGAGGAGUACUACAGUGUUAAAUCCCGCAGUGAGCUCAUGUUCGAGAAACAAUCGGAGAGACACGGACUGACAGCACGAACCACACACGCUGCAGUGGUGAAGCCACAGGACGAUGGAGGUGUAACGGAUCAGCUGUAUGCAGAGAUCAAGCCGGCGGUGGAUGGAGCAAACUAUAUCAUCAAACACAUGCGCAACAAGAACGACUACAAUGAGGAGAAAGACAACUGGAGUGGAAUUGCGCGUACAGUGGACCGUCUCUGUCUCUUUCUAGUCACCCCGGUGAUGACAUUCGGCACUAUCAUCAUCUUCCUGAUGGGAAUCUGCAACCACCCUCCACAUCUGCCAUUUAAAGGAGAUCCACAUGACUACUCGGAGGCCAACCCACGUCUGCUGUAACACACACACACUAUACAACAGAUGGGCAAAAUUGAUGAUUGAGUUUGAUCGAUUUAGUUUUAAAACUUCCAAGUCCAUCCUGGCUAGCUGUCAGAUGUGUGUUUUUUCUUAACCUAGAAGUGAAUAACCAUAUCAGUAUUUUCAUGCCGUUUGUGUGGUUUGAAUAAACAUUUAUCUACA